AUGGCCGAAACCACUCCCAAANAGUCAAAGCCCGAGCGACUGGCUCGAGAACCUGAUGUAGACGUAUCACCUAGCACUGUCGUCAAUCCCACAUACAGUCGCGGUCCCGCUCUAGCAUGGGAUACGCCCGACUUCGGUGACCAUCGCAAGGAAUUGUCGUGUCUCGAAGCCACUGGCACCGUACCCUCCAUCUCGCGCCAGCAACCAACCGACUUCACACCACCGCCUUAUGGCCGUCACAACCGCCCCUCGCAUCUCUCGUCAAAUUUGUUUAACAACUCUUUCUACAACUCGUCCAGCGAUGACCUUCCUCAGAUGUCGCCGGGUUUCGUCCCGCAGAAUGACAACAACUUGUCGCUUGAAUGGCGCGGCGAAGACAGAAGGCCGUCCGUGGCUAGUACGACGACAAUGUCCUCGACCGGAUCAUCCAAACGAAGCAUCACUGGCAAGUUUCACAAGAAAUUGCAAGGCUUCUUUGGAGAUGAUUUUGACCCGAAUGCGCCGCCGCCCAAAGAUCCGCCUGAGCAGUCUGACAAAAGAGGUCGCAACCCAUCCAACGCCACACAAGUCACGGCGACCACUCGUCCUGGAAGUCCAUCGGCAUCGCGUCCACGUACUCCAAACACCAGUAGUGAAGUAACGCCAUGGGACUUCGAGCCUGCCCCAGCAAACGUAAGUCUUGUUGUUCUACGUACAUUGAACAAACUAAUGGCGGAUCCCACAGNNUUCCACACGCAACCUACACAACAAUCGACCGCUCCUUCCCUACAGCAACAACAACAGCAGACGCGGAAAGACAAGGGGUCUGUCUCGGGUCGUCAUCAUCGCCUUCACCUUCCCGGCCACAGACACAAGACCAGUCUCGAAGACAUUGAUGAUAGUGCUUCCGUCAUGAGUAGCCGUGCUGGCACUAUCCGAAAGGAUUCGACCCUACCCACAAACCUCAAUGGAACACGCCAACGCGCAACGAGUCCCUCGCCUAGUAUGAAAAGUAUGAUGAGCGCCCAACAAAGUCAGGUCAGCGAUACCCAGGGUCAACGCUCGCCAGGAGCAUACAGCGCCAAACGCUCUUUGUUUGAUCGAGUUACUGGUCGCAAGAAGCACGACAAAGCCGCGGAAUCGACCUUGAAGAAUCUACCUUCAUCGACAGGCUCACUCUCUCAAACUCCAACGGCCCCGGUCGGAAAGAAAAAGGGUCCUUUAGGGCCGGAUGGCAAGCCAAUGGCGUUGGGUCUGACGAAGAAAGAGCACACAAGGAUUCCUUUCAAAGGACCAAGGCGCGCAGAGCCAAGCGCGGAGUUCAACNAAAAGGAUCCUAAUGCUCCGAGACCCGAAGCCAUUCGCAACGCGUCGGCUUUGUGGCAUCUCGACACUGACAUGAGCCAGAUGGAAGGUAUUGUCAACCGCAGUCAACCCAUGACACCACCCGUUACUAGCGAGAUAUUCACUGGCUUCCCUGGAAUGGAACCUUCGAAGCCUACCGAAGACGAUAAUGGAACAUGGGAGGUACCCGACAGUUGGGCAGUCAAANGAGUACCCGACCAGAAUGUUGCUGCUCUCCGCGAAGUCGACGACGAAGGUCAGGUUCCUCGAGAUGAGGACNCGGGGUCUAUGUACUUCAUGCGGAUUUUCAGAGCAGACAGUACGUUUGCUGUCAUCUCAGCUGGUCUGAACACAACUGCGAGCGAACUCAUCCAAAUGAUGGCUAAGAAAACAUUUUUGCAAGACGAGCUCGACACUUAUCAGAUUGUUAUGCGAAAGACUGGCUCGAGUCGCAUUCUAGCUGGUGGCGAGCGGCCGUUGGCGAUACAGAAGCACAUGCUGGAGAUGGCUGGUUACAACGACAAAGACAGACCAGAAGACUUAGGUCGUGAAGACCAUGGUUAUCUGGUGCGUUUCACAUUCUUGCCCGGAAAACUGAGCGGAUAUUCGAGCUUGGAUCGCGAUCCUGGAUUUAAGGGCAUGCAAAAGUUCAAUCACAUCGACCUUGCAGGUCGCGAUUUGGUUACUAUCCCUAUCGCUCUAUAUCAAAAGGCCACAGAGAUCAUCACAUUGAAUUUGUCCAGGAAUCUGUCUCUUGACAUUCCCAAGGAUUUCAUUCAGAGUUGCAGCAACCUUCGCGAGAUCAAAUAUACCAGCAACGAAGCAUGGAAAUUGCCUGCGAGUAUUUGUCUGGCAUCGAGAUUGACUAUGCUAGAUGUCUCGAACAACAGACUUGAGCAGAUGCAGCAUGCAGAUCUACACAAGUUACACAAUCUCGUCAGUCUCAAACUAUCCAAUAACAAGCUGACUAGUCUUCCUGCCUACUUUGGGUGCUAUCAAGCCCUUCGCAGCCUGAACUUGGCAUCCAACAAUCUCGAUACUUUCCCCGACUUCCUCUGUGAGCUCAGAACCGUUGUCGACUUGGAUAUCAGUUUCAAUGGCAUUUCGACCUUGCCAAAGAUUGGUAAGCUUAUCAACCUGGAACGUUUAUUCGCCACAAACAACAAGCUGUCUGGCGCGUUUCCCGAGAGCUUUAGACAGCUCGUCAAACUCACGCAAAUCGAUAUUCGCUUCAACGCCCUUGACAAUAUUGAUAUCAUGGCCGAAUUACCUCAAUUAGAGCAUCUUCUGGUGGGACACAACUCGAUUGCCGCAUACGAGGCUUCCUUCCACCGUAUAAAGGUUCUUUCCCUCGACCACAAUCCCGUCACCCGGUUUGGUCUCACUACCCCUGUUCCCACUCUCUCAGUGCUAAACCUUGCCUCGGCCAAACUAACACAACUGCCCGAUGAUCUGUUUGCGAGGAUCUCAAAUAUCUCAAAGCUGGUGCUGGACAAGAACCACUUCACAGCUCUCUCGCCUUUGAUUGGUAAACUGACCAGAUUGGAGCAUCUCAGUGUGGCCAAGAAUAUGCUGAACAGCUUACCUUCGGACAUUGGCAGGCUUCAGGACUUGAAAUAUCUCGACAUCCGGGAGAACAAUCUCAGCAGACUACCACAAGAGAUUUGGUACGCCCGAAGGCUAGAGUCGCUCAAUAUUGCCUCCAACGUCCUGAACGAAUUCCCCAAGCCGGGUGCGCCUCCGCCAACUCUACCAUCUGAGGCACCAACUCCUGUCACAACAAGCGGCGGGCCACAAACUCCUGAUUUCGAUGAACUUGGUAAACUCGAGGCGUUCCAGUUGAGAAGACCGAGCCAGGUCGGUCACGGUAUGUUGCCAGGUGGAUCACCAGCUGGCCGUAAGGGCUCGAUGGCCUCGACUUAUGGUGCUCAAUCAAGAAACCCUUCUCUGGCGCCCAGGGGAUCGACGGAGUCUGGUCUUAGCAGCGCUGCUGCUACGCCCGGACCUCGCAAGGAUUCGACAAUGUCUAACAGGCUUGCUUCAACGUUUUCGUCUACUUUGCGCCACCUGAUUCUGGCUGACAAUCGACUUUCCGACGAUGUAUUUGAUGAACUUGUCCUUCUUCCAGAACUCCGCAUCCUCAACCUUUCCUACAACGAGCUUUAUGAUAUUCCACCAAGGACAAUCCGGAGAUGGCCAAACUUGACCGAACUCUAUCUAUCGGGUAACGACUUGUCAGCGCUACCAGCAGAAGAUUUCGAAGAGGGCUCCGGUUUACGAGUGCUGCAUUUGAAUAGCAACAGAUUCAACGUCCUGCCCGCAGAACUCGGCAAGAUCCAGAAGCUCCAGACUCUAGAUGUCGGCAGCAAUGCUUUGAAAUACAAUGUAUCAAAUUGGCCGUAUGAUUGGAACUGGAACUGGAACCACCAGCUAAGGUAUCUCAAUAUGUCUGGCAACAAACGUCUCGAGAUCAAGCCCAACGUCAAUGUGGUACCAGGACGCGAGACGCGAGACUUGACAGACUUCUCUACUCUGCAACAUCUGAGGAUUCUUGGUCUCAUGGAUGUCACCCUAACGAUUCCAUCUGUACCCGAUCAAGGCGCUGACAGGCGUGUGCGUACUGCCGGUUCGAUAAUUGGUACACACAUUCCCUAUGGUAUGGCUGAUACGCUUGGACGUCAUGAACACUUAUCAACAUUGGAUAUGGUCAUCCCCAGUUUUGGAGGUCAUGAAGAUCGAUUACUCUUUGGUAUGUUUGAUGGACACACUUUGACCACUGGAGGUAGCAAGGUCGCCAAAUUCCUCUAUGAAAAGUUCAGACAUCACUUUGCAGAUGAGCUCGCGAAGCUCCAGGAAGAGAGCGACGACUCACCUUUGGACGCGCUAAGGAGAGCAUAUCUUUCGCUCAACAAAGAAUUCGCCACAGGAGCUACACAGGCCAUCGAAGCGCGUGCCCAUCCAAGUGCUGCCCUAGUCCACAGAGGAAGUGUCACAGGUCUGGAGCUGGGUGAAGAUGAUAUGACUUCGGGCGCAGUGGCUACUAUCAUGUAUCUCCAAGGCAUGGAGUUAUAUGUGUCCAAUGUUGGAGAUGCUCAAGCUCUGUUGAUCGAUUCAGAAGGCGGUCACCGAAUCAUCACCCGUAAACACGCACCUGCAGAAGCAGAUGAGCGAAUUCGCAUCCGAGAAGCUGGAGGCUACGUCUCACGUCAGGGAAAGCUUAACGACGCCCUUGAAGUGUCCAGAGCGUUCGGCUUUGUACCACAUUUGCCCGGAGUUAUCGCAUGCCCUCAUACCGCCCGCAUAUCGUUGAAGGAGUCUGAUGAGAUUAUCGUCAUUGCUUCUCGUGAGCUCUGGGAUUACCUGACUAUGGACUUUGCAGUCGAUGUCGCUCGCUCAGAACGUGGUGACCUGAUGCGUGCCGCACAGAAACUCCGUGAUCUGGCCAUUGCUUUUGGUGCCACAGGUAAGAUCAUGGUCAUGAUGCUCGGCGUGAGUGAUCUGCGCAAGAGAGAACGCGCUCGCUUCAGGACUCACAGCAUGAGUAUGGGACCAAGUGGCGCACCCGAUGAGCUUCUUACCAUUUCAAGACGCCCCAAGCGUGGCAGAGACAACGUCGGAGACUCCAAGCUGGCACGUCUGGACCAAGAGAUCGAUCCUCCCNAAGGCGAAGUUACCUUGGUCUUCACCGAUAUCAAGAACAGCACAAUGCUUUGGGAAUCUUACCCCAUUGCCAUGAGAAGUGCGAUAAAAUUGCACAACGAGCUUAUGAGAAGGCAUCUGCGCAUUAUCGGUGGUUACGAGGUCAAGACUGAAGGUGAUGCUUUCAUGGUCGCUUUCCAGACCGUCACCAGUGCACUCUUAUGGACUUUCACCAUUCAAAGUCAACUACUCGAAGUCCCAUGGCCGCAGGAGAUUCUCAACAGUAUUCAUGGUCAAGAAGUCCUCGAUGCUGACGGCAACCGUAUCUUCCGUGGUCUCUCGGUCCGUAUGGGUAUUCACUUUGGUCGCCCCGUGUGUGAACAAGAUCCUGUCACUGGCCGUAUGGAUUACUUUGGACCCAUGGUCAACAGAUCUGCACGUAUCCAAUCCGUCGCUGAUGGUGGUCAGAUUACCGUGUCAUCAGACUUCAUCGCCGAGAUCCAGCGACUGCUCGAAACACAUAUCGAGACCGACAGGAAUGGCUCCACAGGCUCUGAUGAUGCAAUGGGCGAUGAGAUGAUUGGCAAUGCCAUCCGUCGCGAACUGCGAUCACUCAGCAGUCAAGGAUUCGAGGUCAAAGAUCUUGGUCAGCGCAACCUCAAGGGUCUGGAAAACCCCGAAUACAUCUACCUCAUGUACCCUCACUCACUAGCGGCACGUUUGGUGGUCCAACAACAGCAACAAGCACAAGCUGAACAAGUCAAGGCAGCAGCAGCCGCCGCACCCAGCAACGGCAAUGUUGGCAUCGAAUCAGCAAGCGGCGCCGCCGCAACCAAGAGCGCCGACAGCCAACUCAGCAUCGACACCGAGCACGUUUGGGACUUGUGGAACGUGUCUUUGCGCCUAGAAAUGUUGUGCAGCAGUCUCGAGACCACGGGAUUGACGGCACUCAAGGCANCUGAAACGGCGCUGCUCGAACGCAUGAAGCAGCGCGGUGGAGAAAUUACCGAUCGCUUCGUCAUCAAUUUUGUCGAGCAUCAGAUCAGUAGAAUCGAGGUAAGCUUUGAGAUUCGAGAGAAACACUCAUUGAUGAUAUAUGUACUGACUUGUCACCACAGANCCUGUGUUACUACAUUGGCUCUUAGACACAUGGUCCAACCGUUCAGACCUGGCAUCUUAUCUGCUUCCAAACCCAUGGCUGAGAUCCUGGGUGAGGUCACUGCUGCCAUGGCAGAACUCAAACGAUUGAAGGGCGAUGUCGACAUGAGUGACGCCUAG